AUGUUGGGGGCUGAGGGUUCGUCAAAUACCGGUAAUACUCAAAAGAAAAAGAAGAAGACUGAACAAUCACAACUUGUUGAAAAGAAUGUGGAAAAGGAAUUUUCAAAACCUGUUCAAGAGAAUGUGAAGAAGGAAGUUUCAAAGGAAGUCAUUCCUUCGAAGACAAGAAUUCUCAAAGGAACAAAGAAGUCUGCUCAGAGACCUCGUCAUUCUCCUAAAAGGCCAUCUGUUUCAGAAGUUGAAGCUGAAACCCCUACUAAAUCCCAUAAUUUUUCAAAGGGGGCUCUUGUUUCACCAGCUUCCAAGAAAUGUCAAGCACAAGAGAUGGUUAAAAAGCUUAACAAAAAACAAAGACUACUUGAAGACCCUGUAUAUAAAGUUGUUGCCGAAUCAGAGCAUUGUAGUGAUAGCGAACACUCUGAGAUUCACAUUUAUGAUAUUGGCUUUGGGUCACCUCAAAGGGAUUCUCCAAUUAAGAAGUUGGAAGAAUCUGUUAAUCUCACGGUGGCAGAGCUAAAACCCGAAAUGACCAAAGAAGUGGAGAAGAUAGAGAAGAAUUACUCAGUUCUUCAUGGCAAAGUUGACGUUGUUGCUGAUUCCAUAACGAAGCUUGUUGAAUAUAAUACCUCAUAUUCAACCAAGCUUAAUGCAAAGACAGAACAUGAUUCAAAAGUCUUUAAUAAGUUGGAGGAAUUUUUAAGCAGCAUCAAGGAUACUCUUUUGCAAGUUUCAUUUACAAUAACGUCUACAACUACAACAUCAAAACUGAUAACAAAAAUGAUACUCAUUGGCGAAAGUGUUGGAGGCUCUGGGUCGAGUUCUAAACCACCUCCAUAG